AGAGAGGAGAGGAGAAGGGAAGCAGGGGGAAAGAAAGAGUGGGAAGAAGAGGGGAAGGAAGGGGAAGAGAGAAAAGCUGGUUAGAGGUGUUUAAGGUGAGGCAGAGAAGGGGCAGAAAGCCAGACUGAAGGAUGAAAGGCUAGAAAGAAGUCAGUGGAGUGAUGGAUGGGGACGGAGUGCCUGGGGAGCAGAGGCCCCUUCUGGGCCCCAGCCAGAGGAGCCGCGGCCGAGUGGUCCAGGGACGGCGGCGGGCCGCCUGCACUGCGGUGCUCCUGGCUGAGAUGCUGGAGCGAGCUGCCUUCUUUGCCAUCUCCUCCAACCUCGUGCUCUACCUCAACAGUUUCAACUUCAACUGGGACGGUGAACAGGCAACUCGGGCUGCGCUGGUCUUUUUGGGGGCUUCCUACCUCCUGUCCCCCAUUGGGGGGUGGCUGGCAGACGUCUACCUGGGCCGUUAUGCCACCAUCAUCACCAGCCUCUUUCUCUAUUUGGUCACCUCCUGUCUGUUGCCCAUCACGGCCUUCUAUGAUGGCCGGAAGGCCUUCUGUGGGGAGAUGCCCUCCUCCAUCAUCCAGCCUGGCUGCCCCACCGAGGACUGCCAAAGGGAGUCUCCCAGCCCCUACUGUGCCCCGACUAUGUACGGGGGGCUUCUGCUGCUGGCCCUGGGCAUCAGUUCAGUCAAGGCUAACCUCACAUCUUUUGGUGCUGACCAGGUGAUGGACCUCGGCCGAGAUGCCACCCGAUGCUUUUUCAACUGGUUUUAUUGGAGCAUCAACCUGGGUGCGGUUCUGUCCCUGUUCCUGGUGGCCUUCAUCCAGCAGAAUAUCAGUUUCCUGGUGGGCUACAUCAUCCCUGUGGCAUGUGUUGGCCUCGCCCUGUCCGUCUUUCUCUGUGCAGGCCCUAUUUUCAUCACCAAGCCCCCCACGGGCAGCCAAGUGUCCUCCAUGCUGAAGCUUGCCUUCCGAAAGUGCUGUCCUCAAUGCUGCCUCUGUUUAGUCAGACCCUCACAAGAUGAGCUGCCUGGCAGGUUGUCCUUCUGGAGUACUUCCCACCACGAAGAUGUAACCAACUUCCGGGUGCUGGUGAGGAUCUUACCAGUGAUGCUAACCCUGGUGCCUUACUGGAUGGUGUAUUUCCAGAUGCAGUCCACUUACGUCCUCCAGGGCUUGCACCUCCAAAUCCCACAUAUUUUCCAGACCCACUCGGACAAUAGCAGCAACAGUAGCAGCAAGCUUUCCCAGGACAGUAGCAGCUACAGGUUUCCAGAAGCCUGGCUCCUUUUGGCCAACGUGGUCGUGGUCCUGAUUCUGGUGCCCCUGAAGGACCGCGUCCUCGAUCCAUUCCUGCAGCGGCGGAAGCUACUCCCCUCACUCCUCCAGAAGAUGGCCCUGGGCAUGUUCUUUGGCUUCACCUCCGUCAUUGCGGCAGGCGUCCUGGAGACCAAGAGGCUCCAGUACAUUCACCGUAACGAGACAGUGACUCAGCGCAUCGGACAAGAUGUGUACUUUGCAGCACCCAUGUAUAUCUGGUGGCAGAUCCCUCAGUAUCUCCUCAUUGGCAUCAGUGAGAUCUUUGCCAGCAUCCCAGGUCUGGAGUUUGCCUACUCAGAAGCCCCCCGAUCUAUGCAGGGAGCCAUCAUGGGCAUCUUCUACUUCCUGUCUGGGGUCGGCUCGAUUCUAGGCUCCGGCCUGGUGGCUUUGCUGUCCCUCCCAGAAGGGGGCUGGCUGCACUGUCCCAUGGAUUAUGGAAACAUCAACAAUUGUCGGAUGGACUUUUAUUUCUUCCUGCUGGCCGGUAUCCAGGCUGCCACUGCCCUCCUCUUCCUCUGGAUCGCCAACCGGUAUGAGCGGUCAGCGCCCACUCCAGUCGGCCGUCCCGAGAAAGAGGGCAGCUGAGGGAGGGCUCCGAGGGCCAGGGCCAGGCCCCCACCACAGGCGACAACCACAAGGGACAGGCCUCGCUGCCUCGCGGCUCCGAUUUCCUUUCCAUUUUAUUUUGUACCCAAUGUAAGAAUAAAACAUUUGUCAUAAA